CGCCAUGCUGCAGCCUGCGUCUGCCAGUGCUCGGCUGCCAGCGCUGCCGGCGCUGCUGGUGCUGGCGCGGCUGGGAGCGCUCGUGCGUGGACAGGACGCCUGCGCGUACACUCACUCAGGAUCACAAAUGGGAGUGCCUUAUCACUUGGCUGUGACAUAUUUAUUUCCCGGAGUGGCUGACUGGAAUAUUAUAGUCCCACGGCCCCCGGAGUGCGCGCGCGGGUACGUGGCGGGCCACGAGACGCGGGUGUGCGACCACGACGCGGCGCCGCGCCUGCGCGUCACGCCGCAGGGCGCACUGGUGGAGCGCUCCGGUUGGCUGCAUGGGGUUGCCGCCGUCUACUGCACCGUGUUCUGUGUGUUCUCGCCUCAGCUGCAGUCUCGAUUGCCGGAGCUGCCACAGCUGCCAGCAGUGCCGAGCCGGUCCAAGCAUGUCACGACGGAGCCCGCGGCGGCGACGACGUCCUCGAAGGCAGUGCUGUCUACAGCGGAACACUCGAGCGAGUCAAAAUCAACAAUAGUGGCAAUGCUUUCUUCAACAUCGUCGUCAUCGAGUGAGGAGGACGAAUCAGAGGAAGAGAGCGAUUUAGAGUAGUACACUCGAACCUAAGACCGAAUGAGACGUCGGUGUCGGUGGUUGUGACUGCAGCGGAAUACGCUGAAGGUGCAGAUUAACAUUGACAUCAAAAUUGAGGAUUGUGCCAUAAUAUAAUUAGAUCAUUAUGUAAAUAAUAAGUGGGACGUUUCAUUGUGGGCCAGCACUA